AUGGACCAUGUCAUCCACAUAGAUGAGAAAUGGUUCUAUCUUAAUCCAGAUAAAAGGAGAUUUUAUCUCCUUCCAAGUGAGGAAGACCCACAGAGAGUUCAAACGUCAAGAAGAUUCAAACUGAAGGCAAUGUUUAUGGCAGUAGUGGGAAAGCCAUUGUAUGGGAGAAAUGGGGAGCUACUACAUGAUGGGAAAUAUGGCAUGUUUCCUUUCACAGUCAAAGAGCAAGCAAAAAAAUCAAGCAAAAACAAGCCUGCAGGAACAUGGGAGACCAAGGCAAUACAAAAUGUGAACAGAGAGAUACCCAAAGAUCAAGAAUUCAUUGAAGCUACUACAGCAAAUGGGUUCAACAUUCAACUGGUGUUUCAGCCACCUCAGUCACCAGACUUGAAUGUGCUAGACUUAGGAUUGUUCAGGUCUAUUCAGUCACUGCAGUACCAAUCAUUUCCUAGCAACUUGGAUGAGCUAGUGGACAAGGUCAUUGAGUCUUAUGACACAUUCAAACCAGAGGUGAACAAGUACAUUUGGAUCACUUUGCAAAAAUGCAUGAUCAUGAUACUGCAAGCAGAAGGGGACAAGGUGGAGGUGCAAAGGGAUAUAGUGCUGGGAAGUGUAGAGUACCUAAACACAAUGUUUAGGCCAGCCACUCAAGGGAUUCAAGAUGCAGCAGAAGAUAUGGAAGUGGAUGCAGAUUAG